GCCGCCCCGCCGGGCCAUGGCGUUCACGCUCUACUCGCUGCUGCAGGCCUCGCUCCUCAUCGUCAAUGCCGUGGCCGUGCUGCACGAGGAGCGCUUCCUCCGCCACGUUGGCUGGGGAAGCGAUCAAGGGAUUGGAGGAUUUGGAGAGGAACCAGGAAUUAAAGCACAGCUGACAAACCUCAUUCGAUCAAUACGAACCGUUAUGAGAGUGCCACUAAUAGCCCUGAACUCCAUCACAAUCAUUCUCCUCCUGCUGUUUGGCUGAAGACACCCCGUGGAAACCCUUUGGACAUCCAAAGAAGCCAGUUGCUGACCACCACUGCUCUGAGUUCCCUGGGAUCCAGCACGGUUUAGCUGUCAAUCUGACAUUCAACUUAAAAUAAUAAAAGACACUAUUUCUAUUUAUCCCAUUUCCUAAUGUUCCCUUGCAGUUUCAUUAAGCAGGAUCACGGGAUCAAUGCAACAAUGCUGCAAACACAUUGGACUGUGACCAGUUCUGUUGCUGCCUGUUCAUAGUGUUGAUUAAUUAUUAGAGUAAAUGUCAUAGGAUGUUGCAGUGACUGGCAAUGGGAUGCAGCUUUUAAAUGCUUUGUUACUCAGGGAUGAAUUUCCUUCAGUACGCUCUCCAAUUUGUUUUUAAAUUGAGAAAAACAACAAUGUGUUUGUUUCCAUUUCAAUUACUACCAUGGAACUGUUUAAGAGAAC